CGGAGACAAGUUGACACUUUCAGUCAGUCCAUCACAGAAAUGUAACAUUAGCUAGCUUCCCUCGCUAAGAGGGAAUGCACCUCACCCAUGCAGCUGAUACCGACCCAAGGGUCCACCGAGACUCUGUCAUUCCCUGCUGCAUCAAGUGAAAUCAUUUCCCAAAUGCCGUUUAUUGGAUAUCUUUUUGCAUAGACACUGCGAUGGAUGCCCAGGUACCAGGCCACUGCGGGGGAUCCAAACCCUCUCCAAACGCACCCAAAACAACCCAUGUGAACGUCGCGCCGGGCAGCGAGUCUUCCCAAGGCAAUAAUAGACGGAAAAAAACGAGAAGAGGGAAAAGAGGCAGGAGGAAACGAGGGAAGAAGCAGAGGGAUGACCCACCCCCUUAUUUACCACCGGAGGCGGAGGAGGGGAACAUCGAGUAUAAGCUAAAGCUGGUGAACCCGACCCAGUACCGUUUUGAGCACCUGGCAACGCAGCUGAAGUGGCGUCUGCAGGAGGGGCGGGGCGAGGCGCUCUACCAAAUAGGAGUGGAGGACAACGGCCUGCUGGUCGGCCUCAGCCAAUCAGAGAUGACCGCCUCACUCAGCACGCUCAGACGCAUGGCGGAGAAGGUGGGUGCGGACAUCACGUUGCUGAGAGAGAGAGAGGUGGACUACGGCUCUGCGGAGACAGGCUGCCGUAAGAUCGCUGAGGUGCUCGUGCGGAAAGUCCCGGAUAAUCAGCAGUUUCUUGACCUGCGCGUGGCCGUGCUGGGUAACGUGGACGUGGGCAAGUCGACCCUGCUGGGCGUGCUGACCCAGGGGGAGCUGGAUAACGGGCGCGGCCGCGCCAGACUCAACCUCUUCAGGCAUCUCCACGAGAUCCAGACCGGCCGCACAUCCAGCAUCAGCUUCGAGAUCCUGGGAUUCAAUAGCAAGGGAGAGGUGGUGAACUACAGCGAGUCCCGUACAGCAGAGGAGAUCUGUGAGAGCUCGUCCAAGAUGAUCACCUUUAUGGACCUGGCGGGCCACCAUAAGUACCUCAAGACCACCAUAUUCGGCCUCACCAGCUACUGCCCAGACUUCGCCAUGCUGGUAGUGGGGGCCAACACGGGCAUAGUGGGCACGACACGUGAGCACCUGGGCCUCGCCAUGGCACUGAAGGUGCCUAUCUUCGUGGUAGUGAGCAAGGUGGACGUGUGUGUGUGUGGCCGGGGGGCUCUGGAGCGGACGUUAAGGCAGCUAACCAGGCUCCUGAAGCAGCCGGGAUGCAGCAGACUGCCCCUGCUGGUGGCCAAUGGCGAUGACGCCGUCAGUGCAGCGCAGCACUUCACACACUCAUCAAGCGUGACGCCCAUCUUCACGGUGUCGAGUGUGUCUGGUGAGAAUCUGGAUCUGCUGAAGAUCUUCCUGAAUGUUCUACCGCCUCUUAGCAACAGCAAAGAACAGGAGGAGCUCAUGCAACAACUGACCGAGUUCCAGGUGGAUGAGAUCUACUCAGUGCCAGAUGUAGGAACAGUGGUGGGAGGAACGCUGUACAGUGGUGUGUGUGGGGAGGGCGAGCGGCUGCUGGUGGGCCCCACAGAGGAGGGGGGUUUCCUGCGGGCCAGAGUGCAGAGCAUCCAGAGGAACCGCUCCAGCGUCCGCGUACUGCGAGCCGGCCAGGCAGCCACCCUGGCACUGGGGAACGUACCACGCACACUGCUCAGAAAGGGCAUGGUGAUGGUCAGUCCUAAGAUGAGGCCAGUCAUCUGCUGGCGUUUCGAGGCGGCCGUGGUGCUGCUCUUCCACGCCAAGAGCUUCCGGCCGGGCUUCCAAGUCACCGUACACGUGGGCAACGUCAGGCAGACCGCCACAGUGGAAUGCUUACACGGCAAGGAGGAGUUGCGUACAGGUGAGAGCGGUGUGGUGUGUUUCCGGUUCCUGAAGCAUGCAGAGUAUCUUCGCGUGGGAGCCAAGCUGCUGUUUCGUCAAGGACUCACCAAGGGCAUCGGACACGUAGCCCAGCUCCUGCUAACCAGCGCUAACACACCAGACCAGAACCACAGCCCGUAGACACACACACACACGCUCAUGCACGUGCACACACACACUUACACAUGCACAUGCACGCACACACGCAUGCGCGCGCGCACACACACACACUCACCAAGGGCAUCGGACACAUAGCUCAGCUACUGCUAAUCAGCGCUAACACACCAGACUAGAACCACAGUCCGUAGACACACACACACGCAUACACAAAUGCACGCGGAAGCACACACACACACACACACAUACACACGCACACACACACACACACACACUCACACUCACCAAGGGCAUCGGACACGUAUCCCAGCUACUGCUAACCAGCGCUAACACAC